AUGGAUGAAAGUGGAAUAAUAGGAUAAAUGAUACUUGAAAGUAGUGGCAGAAUUAAAAAAGUAAUCCAUUUAAUCAACAUUUAGAGCAGCGGCACUUUAGACAAUCCUAAAUUAAUCCCAUUUAUAACAACUAUCGUUUCCUCCACCGCUAAGAUUUUAGAAAAACAAUCACUCAAUAGAGUAACAUGUAAAUUCAAAAUAUAUCAUAGUAAGUUAUUAAGAAUCUGA